AUGGCGCCCCCGCCGCCGGCAACGCUCGCCGCCGUCCUCCUCCUCGUCUCCGUCUCCGUCUCCGUCGCCUCCCACCCACUAGCCUCGGGACUGAAGUAUUCCCCGGCGGCCUCGUCUCCGUUCGACGCGGCGCUGGCGGCGCUGCAGGGCCGGAUCGGCUACGCGUUCGGGUCCCCGGACCUGCUCCGCCGGGCGAUGACGCACGCCUCCUACUCGCGCGAGAACGGCCGGGCUUUGGCCGUGCUGGGCCUGGCCGCGGCGGAGUCGGCCGCCGCGCUGCGCGCGCUCGCAGCCGACCGCGACGCGCCGGCCUCCGCCGUCUCCCGCGCCGCGCGCGACGCCGCGGGGGAGGCCGCCUGCGCCGCGGCGGGGGCCCGCGCGGGGAUCCCGGCCGUCGUGCGCGUCGCCGGGUCCACCAAGGCCUCGGCCCCGCCCGUGGUCUGCGGCGCCCUCCGCGCGCUCCUCGGCGCCGUCGCCGUCGACAACGGCACCGCCGACGCCGCCGCCGAGGUCUUCUGGCGCCUCCACGUCGUCGCCGCCUCCGCCGCCGCCAUGUGA